GUUGAACCACCACUACAUUGAAUUCGGAAAUUUUUUGACGCACUUGUUUGUUUUGUUUACAAUUACACCACGAAAGUAAAUCGGCAGCUACGAAACAUUAGGGAUUCGUGCGGCGGGACAACGAUCAGUGGACAGUGAAGCAGUCCGUCCGGGGAGAACGCCCCAUGAGCAGUUUUACAAACAAAUCGCCGGUCGCGUGUUCUUUCGCCAGAGAAACCCCAGAAUUUCCGAGAAUAGCUAUUUAUGGCUUCGAAUGCGCAACUCGGGAAAAUCAUUUUGAUAUCUGCAAUCGCCGUGUUCUUCUACUACUUCUUUUGGGUGGCCGUCCUCCCGUUUAUGCUCAUCGAUGAAGGCAAUCCCAUUCGGCUGUUCUUUCCACCGCUGAAGUACGCUUUCAUUGUACCCACCGUGUUCGGGGUGAUCUUCCUCGGCGGCAUCGCCGCGUUCUCCUUUUACCACAUCUGGAGCCUGAGAGUGAAACGCGAUUAAGGGGGUUAUCCGGGGGGUUAUC